AUGAAUUACCUCAAUUAUAACAGAUAUGAACAGAAACUGGAACAGAAUGCAAACACAAACUUAGAUCAAGAUCUAACGAAUUCAAGGCACCAAAAAUAUACCAAAAGCGAACCCGAGAUCAAACACUGGAUUUUCAGUGUAUUGUCAACUCCCCAACUGACCAUUGAUGCGUAUUCAAACCGCAGUCUAGAUCUUAUUGAUAUUCUAAAGGAUGGUGAAUUGCUAUGCAAACUCGGCAAACUUUUAGAAAUACCUAAUAAUCCUUGUUCGAAAUACAAAAGCUCCAAAAUGCCCUUUGUGCAAAUGGAAAACAUUUCCUUCUUUUUAAAGGCAUGCGAACUAAUUGGCAUUUCUCAUGAUGAAAUCUUCCAGACUAUAGACCUUUACGAACGUAAGGAUCCUUAUCAAAUUAUUAUUACUUUAAUUUCAUUCUCAAGACGAGCAAAUGAAAUUAAUUCUACAAAUUUUCCGAAUGUAAUUGGACCUAAGAUAGUCAAAAUAAAACCUCCUGUGCCCAAGAAACCUAUCAAUCUUUCAGCAAAAUAA